AUGAUUGAAACUGGUAGCGCGGAUAACGCAACAGCUGUAACACCAGCGGCAAAUCCGGAAGUUUUACAAGAAGACGACGACAUCGCUCGGCCAGAAGCGACGUUUCGUUUCACUGUUCAAAAUAUAAGUCAGUUGAAGGAGCAAGUACUAUCACCUCCUUGCUUCGUGAGAUGCCUGCCUUGGAAGAUACUGAUACUCCUGAGGCACACGACCACACCUGAACGCCAGCAACAAAAGGCGUUGGGUGUGUUCUUGCAGUGCAAUGGAGACUGUGAUUCUCCAGGCUGGUCAUGCUAUGGGCUAGGAGAACUGAAACUCCUUUCGCAUAAACCGGACGGUGGUCAAGCCCUCUGUCGGAAACUUCAUCAUAUGUAUCACUGUAAGGAAGACGACUGGGGUUUUGCACACUUCAUAUCAUGGGACGAUCUUAUGGAACCAGACAAUGCUUUCGUAAAGGAUGAUUCGAUCACUAUAGAGGCUCAUGUGGUCGCUGAAGCCCCUCAUGGUGUUUCAUGGGACUCCAAGAAACACACGGGAUUUGUUGGGCUCAAGAACCAAGGAGCGACUUGCUACAUGAACUCUCUGUUACAAACUCUGUUUUUCACGAACGUGUUACGUAAGGCAGUCUACAAGAUUCCGACAGUCGGAGACGACAGUUCUAGGUCCGUCUCAUUUGCCCUACAACGCGUGUUCUACGACCUUCAGUUCUCAGACAAACCUGUUGCCACGAAGAAGCUUACAAAGAGUUUUGGCUGGGAGACACUGGACUCUUUCAUGCAACAUGAUGUGCAGGAAUUCUUGCGGGUAUUACUAGACAAGUUAGAAAACAAAAUGAAAGGCACUGUGGUGGAAGGGACCGUGCCAAAGUUGUUCGAGGGUAAAAUGACGUCAUUCAUAAAGUGCAAGAAUGUGAACUGUACCAGCACACGUGUUGAGACGUUCUAUGACAUACAACUCAGCGUCAAGGGGAAAAAUAAUAUUUACGAAUCGUUCAAAGACUACAUCAGUACGGAACUACUGGAUGGUGAGAAUAAAUAUGACGCCGGUGAGCAUGGUCUCCAGGAGGCGGAGAAAGGAGUCAGGUUCGACGUCUUCCCACCAGUGCUACAUCUACACCUCAUGAGGUUUCAGUAUGACCCCCAGAGUGACGCGUCUGUCAAGUUUAAUGACAGGUUCGAAUUCUACGAAGAAGUGAACCUAGAUCCGUAUCUUCAGGAGAUCCCCACAAUACCAGCACAUUACACGCUACAUGCAGUGCUGGUACACUCAGGAGACAACCACGGUGGACACUAUGUGGUUUUCAUCAAUCCUAGGGGAGAUGGAAAGUGGUGCAAAUUCGACGACGACGUAGUAUCUCGAUGUAGCAAGCAAGAAGCCAUCGAGUACAACUUCGGAGGUAAAGAGGACGCACCGCAUCUCGCCCGGAGAGCCACCAGCGCAUACAUGCUCAUAUACAUACAGACAUCGCAACUAAAAUACGUGUUGCAAGAGUGUACCGAGGGAGACAUACCUACCGACCUAUGCGAGCGCAUCAGCGAAGAGAUGCGAUACGAGAUGGUAAGGACAUGCGGCAGAAAAAUAAGAUGCAGAAAAUUUAAAUCUGAUACGUCAGUCACCUCCGCCAAGUACUACGCGAAGAUAUUCAGCGCACUAAAACAGUUCUUCACUUUGCAGGCCCUAGCCGGCUCUAAAUAUAAAGGAAGAUAA